AUGUCCACCGUCAACCCAUCCUUCCAAGAGGCCAUCAAGGUCACCCCGCAAGGCCCCAACAAAUACAGCGCCUUCCUCCGACCAGAAUGGUGCAUUGGAACCGUCCCGCACGGCGGCUACACAACAGCCGUAAUCUACCAACUAACCCUAACGCACUUCGCGCACGCCCACCCAAAGCAAUACAAAAGCGCCGCGUCCCCGAUCUCAAUCCAACUCUCCUUCCUACGACGCACAGCCUCAGGCCCCGCAACCUUCGAAGUCGAAGACGUCAAGAUCGGCGCGCGCACAAGCACAAUCCACAUCAAGCUGCUGCAGCCCUCUGAAAAGAAACCCGGACAGCUGGAGACCAUGGUCGCUGGCUAUGUGACCGUCAGCCCGCCGGACGCCGAGGUCGGCAUUAGCGCCAACACAGGGUGGAAGCCUCACCCUGCUCCGGCGGCGGGUUCGCGCGCAGACGGGUCCGUUGAUCUGGCCGCGCUGGGUCGGACGGGCACUGACGGCGCUUGGACGAAGCUCGAGGCGCCUUUUGCGUCGUUCCGUAAGGCUGCGGCGCAGAUUGAGCUCUUUGGUCCUGGGGCUGGAGAGACGCAGCAGAAGCGCUCGGGGGAUAUGGGUAUUGAUCAGUGGGCUAGGUUCCGGCCUGGGGGUGAUGUGAAUGGUCGCUGGACCGAGGCUGCAGUGGCGUAUCUUAUUGAUAUGUUUCCCAUGGCGUUGGAUGGGUUUGAUACUAUGUCUGCUACUGCUGCGGCGGAGGAGAGUGGGACUUCGCUUGCGGAACAGAAGGCGAAGUUUUGGUACCCCACAGUUACGCUCAAUGUGGAUAUGAAGAAACACCUUCCUGCUGAGGGGGUGGAGUGGCUUUAUAGUCGGAUUGUUACUAAGGUUGUUAGAGAUGGGCGGACGGAUUUGGAAGUUACAGUUCUUGAUGAGAAUGGGGAGGUUAUCGCGUUGAGUACGCAGGUUGGGUUGGUUGUUAGUGCUAGUCGAAAUGUUGGAACCAGGAAGAUGGAGAAGUUGUAG